AUGGAUUCAAACUCUCCCCCUAUUGAGCUCCCUAUUGACCAUGAUUUCGUGUCUGAGGAGAUGCUACAGUUUCCUCGAGAUCCGGCAGACCGAGGCACAUACAGCUUCGCAGAACCUCUGACCUGGGCCCCUCUUGCCCUGGUUGGCAUGCCUAAGGAUUGGGAACAUCGUGGUGACCACAGACUUGCCGAGAAAUUAUCUCUGGAGUCUAGAUCCUCCGAUUUUGAGGCAAGAGCGUUUUACUUCAAAAUUCUGCGUGAAUGGCUUCUGGCGUGCGACAACCACGACAGUUGCAAAUUGCCGCAAGACGAGCCUGAGUUUUGGCCAACAAGAGCCAUCUUUGUUGGAGACGACCAGCAGCUUAAGCUCGUUGAAGAGCCAAGUGGUGAUAGGGACUAUAUUGUGCUCUCUCACUGCUGGGGCAAGCCUACGAAGGAAGAAUGGGACGCCUUCUGCACUACUCCGCACAAUUAUCGCAGUCGAUUGUCGGGCUUUCCCUUGGCUGACCUGCCAAAGACGUUUCGCGAUGCGAUAGACGUGACGCGGGAGCUUGGGAAACAGUACCUGUGGAUCGACGCCCUUUGCAUUGUCCAAGGGCCUGACGGUGAUUGGGAAAGCGAGGCUGGCAGGAUGGAGCGUGUGUUUGCCAAUGCUUACUGCACUAUAGCCGCAGAUUCAGCUGCUGAUUGGAAGGAUGGCUUCCUCAAGCCUAGCCUUUGGAAUCAGGUCGUUCCAGGUAGUGCGGAAUGCGACUGUGAUUUCAAAUCCGGUGUUGAUGAAGGGAAUCUGAUGAAAAGAGCCUGGGUUAUCCAAGAGAGGGUACUGUCUCGCCGCACCAUCCAUUUCACUGAGAGUCAUCCCAACGCGGCGCACACAUAUUGGGAAUGCGGCAAUGGGGUCCGUUGCCAGCAGUUCUCACAGCUACGUGUGCCACUUGGAAAGGAGACGUUUAUUAUUGACUCAUACUUUCCAUCUCGACUAAAGAAGGCUGGAUAUUAUCGUUGCCUCGAGUUUAUCCAAUUCCUUCUGGAGGAAUAUUCGAAAUGCGGGCUCACCUACAAAUCCGAUAGAGACAUAGCGAUACGAAGCCUGCUUGAGCGCAUGGGCCGUGAACUAGCCACCGAUGUGAGAUAUGGCAUUGUGCGAUGCUUCAUAGGCAGCUUGCUGCUGUGGAAACGCACUGCCAAAGAAAUGACAGCACCGAUCAAGUUUGAGCGACGGACUGUCCCAUCUUGGUCCUGGAUGGCGUACGAUGGCAGCAUCGAAUUCAUAGAUAAGUUUCGAUAUGACCUUAGGAUACCUCAAUCCCUGGACUUAGGAUUCGGCCAAGACGGGAAAGAGUUUGAGGUCAAGAUCAGAAAAUUCGAAAAUUGCCAUCUGGGAGAGAAUAAUGGAGACAACGAGUAUACCAUCGAGGCUAUCCAUGCUAUCGAGGUUCUCCAUAGUGCAACUAAGAAGGUAGGGUCGAUGUGGUAUGAUAUGAAGGAGAAGGACAAAAUUGAGUUCAACUACUGUGUCGUAGCUGGGGCUCAUGGGUCAGGUAGUCCAGUGAAUGCAGUUUAUCCGAAAAGCUACCUUGUCAUCGUGGUUCAAGAAACGCUGGGAGGAGGGGGCUAUAGGAGGAUCGGAGUUGGCACUGUAUAUGAUGGUUAUUUGUCGACGAAAAGCGAGGCUGGGAGGCUUUUGUGA